AACUUAUUUGUAUUACCGUGUUGCACAAAACAUGGAUAUCGGGGAGUUGGACCAAAGUGGCCCCUGGUAGUGAGCAGAGGCUCAGCAUCCCGCAUGACGUCACUGCGUCUCCGGUUGCUAGGCUAUCUAACCGGAAGAUAUACAGCCUCCCUGUCGACCUCUUUUUGGGCAUUCAGCAGUAUUUAUAUAUUUUAAUCUGUCAGGUGUGCAUCUAAAGACGCACACUCUCACAGAACAUACCGGAACCAUCUUAUGGUAUGCGAGCUUUCGAGUUGUAUUGCAAAUAAUAAUCGGUGUGUUUCCAUGGGGCGUUUCAUCAUCCACCGGGGUGUGAUCGAUACCAUGAUCAGCCGGCAUGUAGCCUCACUGAUCGCCGUCGACAUCAUGGACUCGUGUGCUACUGUUGGAGACGCCGGAACGACGUUUGUGGAUGUUGCUUAAUGUAAACUGAACGUCAUCACCGGAUGAUAUCCGUCCAGCUCGAGCUCCAGGAUAAACGGGGUGGACCCCCUUCCAGCUGACCGCCACACCGCCCGGCCCAUGCUGACAACCGGCGGGUCUUAACAUUAACAGGGACCAUGGCGGGGAGGGUGAAGUGGGUGACGGACAUCGAGAAGUCGGUGCUCAUCAACAACUUUGAGAAGAGGGGAUGGCUGCCGGUCACCGACACCGACGACUGGAACUUCUACUGGAUGAGCAUCCAGACCAUCCGGACGGUGUUCAGCGUGGACACGGGCUACCGCCUGUCGGAUGACCAGAUGGUCAACCACUUCCCCAACCACUACGAGCUGACCCGCAAGGACCUGAUGAUCAAGAACAUCAAGCGCUACCGCAAGGAGCUGGAGAAGGAGAGCAGCCCGCUGGCCGAGAAGGACGAGGGCGGGAAGUACAUCCACCUAGACUUCGUCCCUGUGACCUUCAUGCUGCCUGCGGACUACAACCUGUUUGUGGAGGAGUUCCGGAAGAGCCCGUCCACCACGUGGAUCAUGAAGCCGUGCGGGAAGGCCCAGGGAAAGGGCAUCUUCCUCAUCAACAAACUGUCCCAGAUCAAGAAGUGGUCCAGGGACAGCCGUACCUCAACGUUUAUGGCGGCCUCUAGUGGCAAGGAGGCCUACGUCAUCUCGCUGUACAUCGACAACCCGCUGCUCAUCGGGGGAAAGAAGUUCGACCUGCGGCUCUACGUCCUGGUGACCACCUACCGGCCGCUCAAGUGCUACAUGUACAAGCUGGGGUUCUGCCGCUUCUGCACGGUGAAGUACACACCCAGUACCAGUGAGCUGGACAACAUGUUCAUCCACCUCACCAACGUGGCCAUCCAGAAGCACGGGGAUGACUACAACCACGUGCACGGGGGGAAGUGGACGGUGGACAACCUGCGGCUGUACCUGGAAAGCACCCGGGGGAUGGAGGUGACCGGGAGGCUGUUCGACCAGAUCCACUGGAUCGUGGUGCAGUCCCUCAAGGCCGUCGCGCCGGUGAUGAACAAUGACAAGCACUGCUUCGAGUGCUACGGCUAUGACAUCAUCAUUGAUGACAAGCUGAAGCCCUGGCUUAUAGAGGUUAACGCCUCCCCCUCGCUGACCUCCAGCACGGCCAACGACCGCAUCCUGAAGUACAACCUGAUCAAUGACACGCUCAACAUCGUGGCGCCCAGCGGGGACAUCACUGGGGACUGUCGCUGGAGCCGCACCCCGCCCCGAGAGGCCCUGGGGAACUACCAAUUACUGUACGACGAGGAGCAGGCGCUGAGCGAGAACGCCGACCGCGAGCUGCGGAGCCGCUCGGGUCAGUCGCUGGGGUCAAAGGGCGCCAAGGGGGCGGGGUCUGGGGCCGGGCAGCGACCCACCGCCGCGACCUGGAAGUGAGGUCGGACGACGCCUAGAAGGACUUCCUGUGAACGUUACGGUGGUCCAGGAUGGCUCCAGGCCAGGGGAAAUGAAACCACAGAAAAAGAGUCAAGCUUGACAAUUGUUUUAUACCCUUCUUUGUUUCGUGGAGCUUUCCUAAACUUUAUUGACAGCUGCCCAGGAGACACACACAAGGAGUCGCGACCCCCCCCUCGACCCCAUGCUACAGCAUGCCAUGAAGGACCCAUCAGCGCUGGGACGGAGUGUCCAAUAGGGGGGGGGGAGGGGGCUGGGACGGGCCAUCCAAUAGGAGGAGGGCUUGGAUUGUAUCUGAUCCGAUCCCAGGUACUGCUUGAAGUUGGCGGACGAGGAAGAAGCAGGAGGGCAGAACGUCGUCCAAGGAGAGAUUGCGGCCGGUUAAUCUAUGCAUGACUAAUGAUUAGGACUGGAGGCUAACUGUGCCCAACCAAAUGUGAUGGACAGAGGCUAUGGUGAUCAUAGCAGUACCUUCUACAGACUGCGGAAGUUUCAGUGAGAGUAUUAUGGUACAUUGCUGAAUUAACGAGGCCAUAGAACAGAAAUUAAUUAUCUUUUUAUAUGGUAUUAUAAAAAUACAGUAUGGAUUUUAUGAGGCUGCUUUUUUCUCUUAAGAUUGACUAAAUGUUAUUUUCCAGUUUCCAUCAUGUUCAGUGGAUGCAGGACAUGCAAUCAUUUCAUUCCAUUCAGCUGAUCCUAGAUCUGUUUGCGUUGUGUAAACUCAGCUUCUAUAUCUCAUGCUAUGCUUUGGAAUCUCAAACAUCCAUGAAGUCACCUCAGCUGGCCGGUUUCUGUUCACAGCAGGAAUUCAGAAAUGUUAUUAUGUUCAGACCUUAUCUUCAGAGAAUGUGAACCCUUAUUUAAUGUUAUGUUCAUUUAUUUUUUAAUAUCAUUAACAUUUCUAAAAAAUAAUUGAUCGAGAAUUGAAAAGUUUCACUAACAUUGCAUAUAAUUAUUCAAUGAGUAGAAUGUUAACAUGAUUAGUAAUUAAACCAUGCCUAAUUAGUUUGUUUUUUUGGAUUAAAAACAGAAGAGAGAGAACUUUAUUUGUGUGUGUGGUAACCACGGAAAUUACAGCCGGGGUAACCUUGACAUUUCUGAACCCGCCUCCAAAUUUGGUUACCAUGGAGAUAGCCUGUAUGUGGGUAAAAUAAUCUCAUUCAAGUUCAUGUUUAUGUGCAGUUCUGGCCUUCAAGUAUUGAUUCUCCGCGUGUAGGCUCUGUCCAGAGGUGGGGUUUGACUUCAGACAGGAUUAAGCAUUUAAAAUGUUUAUAAAAUAGUACACCUUGACCUAUUUCAUCACAUAGACGACUACACACACACACACACACACACACACACACACACACACACACACACACACACACACACACACACACACACACACACACACACACACACACACACACACACACACACACACACACACACACACACACACACACACACACACACACACCAC